CAACAAACAAGUCGACCUGUUUCUCACUAAUAAUGACAAAAAUUAAUUACAAUUGAUCAAUUAUGAACCUUUUUUUAACUAAUGAAUCGUAUAAAAUCAAUCAUAAAUGUCAAUCUCAAUCUUAAUUGUAUUUUGGCGGUAAUCAUUCCAACGCUUAAUCAAUAAUCAACCGGUUUAAAUCAAUAUCCAAUGUGAAAAGACUUAAAUUAUAUUACCUCAUAAAGGCUAAACAACGGGUUUUUUGGCAUUUUUUUCCCCCAGUAAAGGGUGGGUUUUUCUUCCGCAUUUUCCGGGAUUUUCCGCCCGGAGAUUAUUUCUCCCCUCACUGAGUUUUUCCCCUGUCAUCAGCACUGUCGGUAUCAGAGAAUCUCGCUCUUGACGGAUUUUUUUCGGGCUGGAAGAACUACGAAGUUGGUCCCUUCUGGGAAAAUCAAGCGUGAGGCCAGUGAAAAUCUAUUAAAUACCAGCUUUGAAAAGGAGGAGGAAAAAGUAAAAUGUACAAAGUCAUCACAAUGGUGGCCGGCAUUGCGUUGGCAGUCGCAUUUGCGUUCUACACACACUAUUAUAAUAGUGAAGAGGCAGAGCAGGAAAGAGAUCAUAUUAACCUGGAGAGGGAGAGAAGACGGAGGAACAGUACAAGACGCAGCGAUGAGAACAUAAUUCGCCAGAGAAGAAGCGACAUAAUGGGCAAAUUAUCCAAUGACUGUCUAGUCUGCCCGAUAUGCCAGGAAAGAUGCUACCACAGGGAGCAGGUCUGGUUCUGCCGCGAAUGCUGCUCGGCUUACCACUACAUCUGCAUCCGGCGAUGGUUCUCGGAGAACAACACCUGCCCGUCAUGUCGUUGCACAGUCAGACUUCCCGCCCUCUACACGUGCCUAUGCGGACGCGUCGAAAAUCCCAGACAUAACAUAAACAUUUUGCCGCACACCUGCAACCUCGGGUGUAUGAAUUGUGGAGAAUCUUGCCACCCCGGACCCUGCCUGUGAUGUAAACUACAACUUCAGACUUCAUACAUGAGUUUUUCAUUUAAAUAACCAUGUAGAAACCAUUUGUACAUUGAGGACAGCAGACUGGAAGCGACCCCUCUCAACGUCAUCAUCUCUAACAAGUUAACAUAAAAAUCAGUUUACCAUUUUUUUGUUUUUUAAUUGUAUGUAUAUAUUAUUUGAAUAAAAAAACUUUUUUUUUUA